GUUCGUUUGAAACGGAGCACCCUAAUAUACGUAUAUAAUAGGGUGUUUUAAAAAAUAACAAAUUAUGUUUUUCUUCUCGGAAACAGGUUCAAAAAUUUCAUUUAGGUACAAAAAUACGCCUGUGAAAAUUAGAGCUCUUACUAUUAACAUUAAGAGGUUCCGCAUCGCAUUUUUCUAUUUUCCAGAAGAAUAACAGGAACAAUUUUUUUUGGAAAAAUCUACUGACUCAAUUUUGUAAAGAAUUGAAUGCUCUACAAAAAAAGUCUCUUAUCAUUUUUUGAUAAAUCCAUCUGUUCAAAAUUGAUUUGAGCUUGAAUUUGAAUUUAUAUUAAAUUUCCAGAUGUCUUCACUUUUCCGGCGCAACUAUAAGAAAUCACAAAAUAUCAAAGAACCUUUUUUGUAGAUAAUAAAAUUGAUUUUUAAUAUCCGUAUAGCUCUUGCAAUUUUGAACGAUAAAAUUGAUUAUAACUAUUGAUCGCAUCGACUGACGAUAAAAUUAUUAGAAGAUUCGUAAUCUACGGUGCAAAAUACAUGAAACCACAUAAAAUAAAACCGAAACGUCUAAAAGUCAAACUUUGGAUUGAGUUGUUAAAUACUAAUUUUCGCCAUGUAGCACUAUAUUGUUUUUCUAACUUAAAAAAUAAAAUCUAUGAAAUUUUUACUCAAAUCAAAUCGUGAUCUAUUUUUGCUAGAAAGCAUCUGCAGUUUAUCAAUAUCUUCACCGUUUAAAUUAUUAGUUUUUAUUUUUUCCUUAUCUAUAUUACCAAGUAAUUUCGAGUUUUUUUAUUUUUAUAUUUUGGCAAAUGAUUGGUUUCUGGUUAGUGAAAAUUAUAAAUCACGUUUGCACAAGUUCUGUCAAAGUUUGUUUCAUAAACAAAUUUCAACGCUAUGCAUUUAUAAUGAUCAUCAACUCGGAGUUGAUAUUUUGAACCUGUAAUGUGCUUACUUUUAUGCUAAUCAAUAAUAAGCACACAGUUUUUGUAACUUUUUGAAGAAUACGACCUAAAUACUUUGGUCUAACUGGUUUUUAACCUUUUACACGGAGAAAAACAAACAGUAAUAAUUGCUGCGCAGAACAUCAAUCCAGUCAAUGAGCGUGUUUGGGCGAAAGAUUAAGUAUAGUAAAAGCAUAUUUUACUUAUAUUUAUUCAAUUGACUGGAUGAAAUGAAAGAAAAUAAAAAAACCUAAUUUAAUAAAAGUUAGUAAAUAAUAUAAGGUAAAAGACCUAGAACCCGAUCAGGGAACGUAUUCGAUCACUCCAUCUAUUUGUAUUUCUAUAUUUAGUAAAAUUUAGUAAAUAUAGAUAUACAAAUACAUGAGUGAUCGGGUACUGGGUCUCUUACCUUAAUAGAUCACUCUGAAAAAUGCGUUAAUUGUACAGUUAAAGAAACUGUAAAUAUAAUAUAUAAUAUAUUCUCGUGAUUAUUUAAUAUUACCAAACUGUCAUAGCAUGAAGUAUGAUAAAUCAUUUUUAAUGUGCGCAAUUAGAAUAUGGAAUGAAUUACCUAGUACUUGUACACAAAAGCCUACAUUUAAUGAAUUUAGGAAAGCGUGCUAUGAUUAUUUCUUGAAUAAGAUGACAAAUUAAUUAAUGAUGAAUGAAAUGAUUAUAUGAUUACGCAUUAAAAAAAAAAAGGAAAAUUAUUUAUACAUUUACAAUAUACUUAUACUUUAAAACAAUUGUAUUAAUAUCUUUUGUCUAACCACUAUAUAUACUAUUAUAUAAAAUUAUGUAUUUUGGAUGGCCGCAAAGAGUUACGACUCCAUGGCCAAUUAAAUAAAUAAAUAAUAAAUAAUAAUAAUAAUAUAACAAAUUAAUUAUUAGUUAUGUUAAAUAAGAAAUAUUCUUGCUAAUAAAAGAAAUAAUCAAAAAAUUAUUAAUAGAAAAUGAACAUCGCUGAAAUCAAAAACAAUAAUUAUCAUUCUCAAGUCUAUUCUCAAUUAACAGAAGUUUUUUUUAGAUAUAGAUUAUCCGCAUUCUACAUCGGUUUACUUACAAUAUUUUCAUUCUAAAUAGUUCAUAUUUAUUACAUUAUAGACUACAAAGCAAUUCCAUACAUCGUAAAGAAAUAAGUGAUUGUCAGCUUUAAAUAAUUAAAUGAAAUGCCUUUAAUGCAACACUCUUAGUUUGAACAAAAAAUAUUAUUCAAAUAAUUUGUGCAUGAAAACAGAAAAUGUAUUUUAAAAGAAGAGUAAAAAAAAAAAUUUAAUUCGAGAAAUCCAAGUUAAAGCAUAAAAAAUUGCACCUGGCAACCAGAAUGGAAAGUAGAUUUCUCAAAUAAAUUUUUAAAAAUUUUGAAUCCUGAUAAAAAUAGUAACAUUUAUUAUGAAAGAAAAUAAAGUUAGAGACGUCAUAAAAAUGUCAUUGACGCAUAACGUUAAGAUUGUUCGGACAAUACCCCGUAAAUCAAAAUAAAAUCUAAAUUUUUUUCUCUAAAAAUUGAAAAUGUUAUUAUAUGAAUUCAUUAUUUGAAUUUAGACUGUACUUAUCAUUAUUUUCGAACGGAUUAAUUUAAUUAAUAUUAAUAAAAAAUAAAAUACUUUUGAAUCAAGUAUUUUUUUUCAUAAUGUAGAUCUGACAACGUCGCUUUGAAUAGUUGUUCACGUUGAUCUAGCUGGAGUGUUCAGUUGAAUUUUAUUUAUUUUGAAGAGUAAAAAGUAUUUUAUUUAAUUAUUGAUUUAUCGAAUAAAAAUGCGUAAUGCAAAUCAAUUCAGACACAAUGGACGAUUCGCAAGGAAAAGUAUAGUUGCUUGGAGAAAAAAUAUAAGUGAAAGCUUGAAACGAUUCCACGCUGAGUAUAAAAAUUCAGGCGUACAAUUGCCAAAUGGGCGACGAAUCGUUGAUUCUGAUAAUCUAAAUAUCAAUCUUACUUUAAAAUAAAUGAUGUUAUUGUUGAUUCGCACGUAUAAAAGCUAUAAAGCUUAUAAUAUCAACGUUCAUUUUUAAUUUAUUGCUUUUAUAUUAAUUUAAAAAAUUUAUAAUAAAUUAAAAAUGAGUAAUAGAAAUUAUUUUUACUGACUCAAUAUUAUUUUACUCCUGCCUAUUAUGUGUAAUAUUUUGUAUUAAUAGGUUAAAAAUUAUUUGUUUAAUUUUUUCAGAUUACCGCAAUUACAAAUUUAAAAAUAAAAUAAAAAAUUUUCAUUAAAUAUAAUAUGCAUCUGCAGAAAUAAUCGCUUAUGUUUUUAAUUUUAAAAGUUAGCGCGUUUUAUUUCUUGCGACGUUGCCGCACUUAUCUGAAUCACGUGAAUAGAUUAUUUUUCAUCAUGGCGGGUGGAUUUUUUUGUGAAUUUUCUUUGCUUCUUAUUAAAAUAUUUUAAAAAUCAUUCGUCAGAACACUUUUUAACUAUUUUUAACGUAUUCUACGAUAGUUAAUUAAUAAAGAGAAAAGUUUUUUUUUUUUUAUCUUUAUAAGGAGCAACUACAUAACUCGAAACAAGGCUUCAUUUAUGUACUCCAAAAAUCGAUUCUUAAAAUAUUUCAUUCAAAGUUUAAAAACAGUGAAAAUGUAAAGAGGAGGGAAAUGAUAGCUCGAAUUAUAAACGUGACACCAGUUAAAAAACGGUUUAUUAUCGUAUUAUUAGUAAUAUUAAUUCCAUACGUGAUUUUGAGUGUUGUUUCAUUUCCGGAUGUAACGGAAGAGACUAUAUUGCAAAAUAAAAUAGCUGAAUUACAAGUUAAAUUAGAAAAUUUACAAACCAAGCAUAUAUCCUCUCAAGAAGAUGUCAAUUUAUUAACUCAUCAUUUGCUAUCUUUAAGUAAAAGUGCCCAAAGCCUUCCGAAUUUCCAAUUACUAAUUAAUAAUGAAGAUUUGAAUACAACUGCUGUCAAAUUGCCAUCAAUUUAUAGUUUUUUGCCCCAUUUUCUCAAUGAUCCGAAUAGUUUAAGACCAGCUUUUCUUCAGAGUAAAGGGAGAAUAGGAGUGAACAUGAUUCUCGGCAUUCCUACAGUGAGAAGAGAUGUCCAAAAUUAUUUACUAGCAACUUUAAAAAAUUUGGUUGAAUGUAUGGAUUCUAAUGAAGCUUCAGAUACACUAAUUAUUGUAUUUGUAGCCGAAAUAGAUGUUGAUUACGUCUCUUAUGUUGCUAAACAAAUUGAAAUUCAAUUUCCACGCGAAUCUGAGAGUGGUCUUAUAGAGAUAAUAUCACCAUCACCAUCGUACUAUCCUGAUUUUUCCAAAGUAAGAGAUACUCUUGGGGAUAGUCAUCAACGUGUUGUUUGGAGAUCGAAACAAAAUUUAGAUUUUGCAUUUUUAAUGUCUUAUGCUCACUCCAAAGGAACUUUCUACAUUCAAUUAGAAGAUGAUAUCUUAGCAAAAAAAAACUUCAUUACAAUAAUGAAAUCAUAUGCACUACAGAAAAUAAGCCGCAAAGAAAAUUGGUUUAUUCUCGAUUUUUGUCAACUAGGGUUUAUCGGUAAACUAUUCAAAUGUGUGGACUUACCUUGGUUAAUUCAAUUUUUCCUCAUGUUUUACAGUGACAAGCCUGUUGAUUGGUUACUAGAUCAUUUAAUAUCGACUAAAAUCUGUAGCUUGGAUAAAGACAGUAAAAAUUGUAAAAUGGCGAAAGCAGAAUUAUGGUUACAUUAUAAGCCUUCCUUAUUUCAACACAUAGGCAUCCAUUCUUCCUUGAAGGGAAAAAUGCAAAAAUUGAAGGAUAAACAGUUUGGUAAAUCAACACUCUUUUAUGCUCACGAUAACCCUCGUGCGGUAGUUGAAUCUGAAAUCAAAGUUUAUAAACACUAUACUUUGGAUAAAGCAUACAGAGGUGAAUCAUUUUACUGGGGCCUUCUACCUCAAGCAGGAGAUCAUCUUAAAUUUAAAUUUGUACAUCCUAUAUAUAUAAAGAAAUACCUAUUCAAAAGUGGUAACGUGGAACAUCCAUUAGAUAAAUUUUACAAUACUACAGUUGAGAUUUUACCAGAGUUUCAAAAUUUUGAGAAUUACAAGAACUACACUAUGACAGAAGAUGGAUAUACUCUAAUAGGUGAAUUUGAUAGCAAUGGAAUCGCCCAAGGAACGCUUGGUUAUAAUUUAGGAAAAGUAAGGGAGUUCCGAUUUACGGUUCACAGUGAAAGUGGAAAUUGGGCGAUUCUGUCUGAGAUUCAUAUUUUAGAAGAUGAACAAAGAUGAUACGUUGCGUAAUUCGGAAAUCCUUAAGUAUGUAUGAAUCUUUACUGGGUACUACCAUUUCGAUCGGCAUUAUAGAAUUUUACGUUUAAUUAGUUGAUUACUGUCAUGUGUUAAAAUUAUCCUCAUAUGUCACGAAAAACUAAUUUAUUAAGAUAAUAAUACUAAGAAUUACUACGUUUGUAAUUUGGAAUGUUUCUAAAUUAAAAAAGACAGGUGUUAAAAAUGUAUAUCAAUUGUUGGCUAUUAAAAAAUUAUUCGUGUUGUUAAAACUACCUAAAUAAAUUAAGCGAGUCAAUAAAUUUUUUAAAUUUAAA